CAAAGCCUAUGAGCCAGAAUACCCUGAUCUGACUCCACUUUAUCCCCAUCUCCCUUCUCCCUUCAACCAAGACCCAUUCACCAUCCCUUCCCCAGCCCUGGCUGCACUGCUUGACCACAUUAAGACUUGGCCUGAGAUGGAGGAAGAGUGAGGAAGCUGCUGCACCAAUGUGACUGACUGAAGCUGCCCAAAGCCCUAAAAGGAAGUGGAUAGGUGCCUUAUCCAAGAGGGUACAGCAGCCCAGGUCUUAUCAGGAGGCAGCAGCUUCCUUACUCCUUCCCCCACUGUUAACCAAGUCAUUUUGUGCCACAGCAGUGCAGGCAGCUGUGUGGGAGGAAGAGGGGCCAUAGAACUGGGGGCUAGAGUGGAGGUGUACAGACCAGCUAGUUCAUGGUUUUACUAUCCCAACCAGAAAGCCAUGAUGGUUAGACUUGCAUGGUGGUAGUAGAAAUGGCGUGAAGAUUCAAGAGAGAUAGUUGAGAGGCAGAACCAACAAGACUUGGUGAUAAACUACUCUCAGGAAAAGGGAGGAGUCAUGGCUUUCAGCCAUCAGCAUCCACCCCCAGGGUGGCCUCACCUCCUUCCCUUCCUGGCAAUCUUAGAAACCAAAUGGGUCCAGGGCCAACAGCCCUGUUUUCUGCCUACUGUUCAGUAAGUGGCUUCAGGUUUGAUAAGAAAAGACUUCCUGUGGUGGAACUGAAAGGAAGAGGAAGGAGUUAGUCCAUUCCUUCCAAGGAGGUUGUGGGAGAAGGAAGAUGGCCAGAGCUUUGUGUCCACUUCAUGCCCUCUGGCUUCUGGAGUGGGUGCAGAUGCUCUUGGGACCCGGUGCUGCCCCUCCAGCCUGGGCCUUGAACCUGGACCCAGUGCGGCUCACCUUCUACACAGGCCCCAAUGGCAGCCACUUUGGGUUUUCACUGGACUUCUACAAGGACAGCCAUGGGAGCUUGGCCAUCGUGGUGGGCGCCCCGCGGAUCCGAGGCCGCAAUCAAGAGGAGACUGGCGGCGUGUUCCUGUGCCCCUGGAGGGCCGAGGGCGGCCAGUGCUCGUCUCUGUCCUUCAACCUUAAUGAUGAGACCCGAACAGUAGGCUCCCAGACCUUCCAAACCUUCAAGGCCGGGCAAGGACUGGGGGCGUCGGUUGUCAGCUGGAGCGACAACAUUGUGGCCUGCGCCCCCUGGCAGCACUGGAACGUCGUAGAUAAGACGGAGGAGGCCGAGAAGACGCCCGUGGGGGGCUGCUUCCUGGCCCAGCUGCAGAACGCGGGCCGCGCGGAGUUCUCGCCCUGUCGCGGCAACACCAUGAGCCGCGUGCACAAGCAGCAGGAAUUCUGGGAAGACAAGCGCUACUGCGAAGCGGGCUUCAGCGCCGCUGUCACUCAGGCUGGAGAGCUGGUGCUCGGGGCCCCUGGCGGCUUCUUUUUCUUAGGGCUCCUGGCGCGGGCUCCGAUCGCAGACAUCUUCAGGAACUACCACCCGGGCACCCUCUUGUGGCACGUGGGCACCCAGCGCCUCACCUUCGACUCCAACAAACCAGAGUACUUCGACGGCUACCGGGGGUACUCGGUGGCCGUCGGCGAGUUCGACGGGAACCCCAACACAACAGAAUAUGUCUUCGGUGCCCCCACCUGGAGCUGGACCCUGGGAGCCGUGGAAAUCAUGCUCUCCAACUACCGGACGCUGCACCGGGUGCACGGAGAGCAGGUGGCUUCGUAUUUCGGGCACUCGGUGGCCGUCACCGACGUCAACGGGGACGGGAGGCACGACCUGCUGGUGGGCGCGCCCCUGUACAUGGACAGCCGCGCUGACCGCAAGCUGGCCGAGGUGGGGCGCGUGUACUUGUUCCUGCAGCCUCGGGGCUCCCACGCGCUGGGCACCCCCAGCCUCCUCCUGACUGGCACCCAGCUCUAUGGGCGAUUUGGCUCAGCCAUCGCGCCUCUGGGCGACCUCAACCGGGACAACUACAAUGAUGUUGCAGUGGCCGCCCCCUAUGGGGGCCCCAGUGGUCGGGGCCAAGUGCAGGUGUUCCUGGGCCAGAGUGAGGGGCUCAGCUCCCGCCCCUCCCAGGUCCUGGACAGCCCCUUCUCCACGGGCUCUGGCUUCGGCUUCUCCCUGCGAGGUGCCACAGACAUCGAUGACAAUGGAUACCCAGACCUUUUGGUGGGAGCGUACGGGGCUGACAAGGUGGCUGUGUACAGAGCUCAGCCGGUGGUGACGGCCACUGUCCAGCUGCUGGUACAAGGUUCGCUGAAUCCUGCUGUGAAGAACUGUGACCUGCCCAAGACGGAGACGCAAGUGAGCUGCUUUAACAUCCAGGUGUGUGUAGGAGCCACUGGACACAAUGUUCCUCAGAAGCUGGGCCUAAAUGCCGAGCUGCAGCUGGACCGGCAGAAGCCCCGCCAGGGCCGGAGGGUGCUCCUGCUGAACUCGCAACAGGCGAGCACCACCCUGCACCUGGACCUGGGGGGGAGGCACAGCCCCAUCUGCCACACCACCACGGCCUUCCUCCGGGACGAGGCCGACUUCCGGGACAAGCUGAGCCCCAUUGUGCUCAGCGUCAAUGUGUCCCUGCAGCCCGAGAAGGAUGGACUGGCGCCCGCUCUUGUGCUGCAGGGAGACACCCACGUCCAGGAGCAGACCCGCAUCAUCCUGGACUGCGGGGAAGAUGACCUGUGUGUGCCCCAGCUUCAGCUCACCGCCAACGUGACGACGGGUGCCCCGCUCCUCAUUGGAGCCGAUAACGUGUUGGAGCUAAAGAUAGAUGCAGCCAAUGACGGGGAGGGGGCCUAUGAGGCUGAGCUGGCCGUGCACCUGCCCCAAGGUGCCCACUACAUGCGGGCCGUCAGCAACGUCCAGGGCUUUGAGAGGCUGGUCUGUAACCAGAAGAAGGAGAACGAGACCAAGGUGGUGCUGUGUGAGCUGGGCAACCCCAUGAAGAGAAAUGUCCGGGCAGGAAUCACCAUGUUGGUGAGUGUGGAGAACCUGGAAGAGGCUGGGAAGCAAGUGUCCUUCCGGCUGCAGAUCAGGAGCAAGAACAGCCAGAAUCCAAACAGUGAGGAGGUGGUGCUGGAUGUGCCAGUCCGUGCGGAGGCCCAUGUGGAGCUUCGAGGGAGCUCCUUUCCAGCCUUCCUGGUGGUGGCGGCGGAAGAAGGCAACAGGGAGAACAUCUCAGACACCUGGGGCCCCAAAGUGGAGCACACCUAUGAGCUCCACAACAACGGCCCUAGCACUGUCAGCGGCCUCCACCUCAGCAUCCACCUCCCUGGCCAGUCCCAGUCCUCUGACCUGCUCUACAUCCUGGAUAUACAGCUUCAGGGGGGGCUUCAGUGCUCCCCACAGCCCUCCCCCAACCCCCUCAAGCUGGACUUGGGGGUGCCCACCCCAAUUCCUUCCCCCGCUUCCCGGGGCCACCACAAGCGGGAUCGCAGGCAGGCGUUCCUGUCAGGGUCCAAGCAGCCAUCGAGGCUUCAGGAUCCAGUUCUUGUGAGCUGCGACUCGGCGCCCUGUACUGUGGUGCAGUGCGAGCUGCAGGAGAUGGAGCGCGGGCAGCGGGCCAUGGUCACGGUGCACGCCUUGCUGUGGCUGCCCAGCCUCCGCCAGAGGCCCCUGGAUCAAUUUGUGCUGCAGUCGCAGGCUUGGUUCAAUGUCUCCUCCCUUCCCUACACCGUGCCCGCCCUCAGCCUGCCCAGUGGAGAAGCUCUGGUCCAGACGCAGCUGCUUCGGGCCUUGGAGGAGCGGGACGUCCCCAUCUGGUGGGUGCUGGUGGGCGUGCUGAGUGGCCUGCUGUUGCUCACACUCCUGGUCCUGGCCAUGUGGAAGGUUGGCUUCUUCAAGCGGAAUCGGCCUCCCCUGGAGGAAGAUGAUGAAGAGGAGGAGUGACAGUGCAGCCCAGGCUCUAUCCUACAGGAAGGCUGGGCGUGAUCCCCGCUCUGCCCCUUCUUCUCCGAGUGCCCCCCAACUCUGCUCACCCCCAGGUUGGAGCUGUUCCAUGGAGGCCUCCUGAUGUCUUCUCCCUCCCAUCAGAGCUGGGCCACCCCCUUUCUUGCUGCCUGAUAAAGAGGCUGAGCCCCAACUCAGUGUGCUGCUUCCUCUUGGGGUCAGGGGAGGAGAGGGAGGUGAUAUUUGGAGUGGGGAUCUGGGGCUGCUAGAAAUAUGAGCAGACAGCAUCUGUCAAGGCAGAGGUUGCAAAUUACUGUCUUUGAGGAGUGUCAGGGAGUAGAAAGUGGGGGUGGAACAAGGGAGAAAGGGUGGCAGAGCCUCCGGGUGAGGCGGGAGGGGGGUGGAGGUGUUUGAGAAUGGCUGGGAGGAUGGCAAAGUCGGCAGGCAGGGUCCCUGAUGGGCAGCUUUAAACACUUCUUUAAUGAUUUUGAAGAGAUAAACACCAAGAAAAGAACAUGUUCUCCUUCACUCUCAUUUUUUAAAAAGGCCUUUAAAGCUGUGUUCAGAGUGAGAAGGGGCAGAGAGGGAAGCUGACUGAGCCCUCAUCCUGAGGAAGGCAGUGUGAGGGAGGUGUACUAUUCCUUCUUCCCCACCAAGGAGAAGGGUCUUAAGUUAGGAAAUAGGCACCAGGCAGGAAGGCCCCAGGAGGGAGACACUGAGGUCAGAGUCGGGAAGUAGUGGUCGGGGAUCCACCAGGAGUCCUGAGGGAUUUGUGGAUUCAUGUUCAAUAAACAUUUAUUGAGCACCUACUAUGUGCCUGGCACCAUUCCAGUGCUGGGAUGGAACAGGGAACAACAAAAAAGUCCCUGCCUUCAUGGAACUUCCAUCCAAUCAGGGGCAAAGGGAAAUAAAUCCUAUAUACUAAAAACUGCAAAUUGUCCCCAUAACUGGGAGUUCGACCAGGGGGCAGGGCCGGCUGGCCAACCGCCCACAGCUCCUCUCCCU